AUGAAGCUGACAGAAGUGGAAGCUGCAUAUUUACAGAGCCUUGCAGAAUUGUUGACAUUGUUUCUUAUACUUGACUUGGAUAGAGCAAGGGCAUCAGCCGAAUAUAGUCGCGACGAACAAAUAGUUCAAGGCUUCUACUUUGAGGGCACAAGUCGACUUUCAGACGUAAUGCGCACAUGUUUGUCGCGUGAAAUUGGAAGCACGGAAUUUUCAACCCCGCUCUAUGCAAUGGUUGCAAGAGGAACGCCGUUAUCAAGUGUCACUCUGCAGGAGACGCUCCACCAUUGUAGGCAAGUAACUCAGUUCGAUCUACAGGAUCUGUCUAGAUUGGUGCAGAGCGCCGAGCGCUCUAGGCAUGGUAUUUCUUUAUUUGAUAACAUCGAAACAACGCGGCUCUUGGUAGAAAACGCGAUAUCCAACCGCGUGCUGGUUAAUCUUCUGCUAACAAAGAACAGAGAUCUCGAGUCUCAAAUCCAUGUACUGCGACAGAUCUGCAACAAGCUUACUAGCGGAAUCAGCGAGUCCUCUUCCACCAUAAGCUUCAGCCCUGAUAAUCUCAAGAAACAGCACAUAAUCAAGCGUAGUUCACCAUUCAAGGAACUAAACCUCAACGAGCUUCUCGCCGGCUACACAGCUCCGAGUAGAGUCAAACACAAGACUUCGCUCGUCAUCAAUGACUUUUUACGUGUGAUCUUCAGACAGGUUUGUGGACCAGAUCCCUCAGAUAUAUGGAAUUUUGCUCAUCGUACAUCUAAUGUAUCGCGCAAGCCGGAUUUACAAGAUCUGCCUGAGUCCAUAGUUAUCACACUCAACGAUUUCGUAUUGGAUGCGCUUAGCCUCGGCAACGAGGAUUUGGAGGGAUACAGAUUGAAUUCGAUAAGAAGCUUGCGCACUAGUUACUGGAUCUCUCUGGGUACAUCCGAUGAAGAACGCGAGAAAAAGUUCAACUAUCUGCUGGAGCAAAAAACUUUCUACUGCGGCCAAAUCAGGACCUGUAUCGCAGAAGCACUGUAA